UAUCAGUUGUUUGAGGUCGAGCAAAAAGCAUGUCUGUUGUUAUAUGUCAAAGUGCUGUGUGCCAGAAAUGUCUCCAAAGGAUGGGCAUAUGACUUCUUUGACACACCUGAUCCAUAUGUUGUUUUAACGAUAAAAUCUGCUCCAGCAGGACGGAAAUGCACCAGUACUAUAGACAAUAACGUAAACCCAGUUUGGAAUGAAUCCUUUCUUUUUCUACAUGAUCCAAAUGUCAGCUUCAAUCUCCAAAUCACUUUGAUGGAAGCAAACUACACAGUAGACCAGGAAAUUGGCACCGUUACAAUUAAAGGCAACAGUUUACCAAAAGAUAAAUUUGAGAAGAGAACAGUUUAUUUUAAUGAGGUUAUAGAACUUGAUAUUGAACUGAAAACUGAACUGAACCAGAAACCAGAUUUGAGAUAUGGUCUCUGCCUCUCUGAUGAUGAGAAAGAUUAUUUAACUAACCGAAAGUGCCGAGUGUAUGAAGCUUUGAAUAAUUUAUUAGAGGAUGAUGCCCCACAAAGUCUUGAAGAGGUACCAAAUAUUGCCGUAAUUGGAUCUGGAGGUGGUUUCCGAGCUAUGGUUGGAUUCAGUGGAGUUCUCAAUGCAUUGCAGAAAAGUAAAAUAUUAGACAGUGUUACAUAUCUAGGAGGUCUUUCAGGCUCCUCUUGGUAUAUUUCAUCAUUAUAUUCCCAUAAGAAAUGGCCAGAAUCUCCGAUAGAAAAUCUCCAUGAAGAACUGAGAAAAAAUAUAGAACCUAGCCUUUUGUGGUUACUUAAGCCAAAUAGUAUGUACCGAUAUAUUGAUCGAAUAAUGUUGAAGAAACGGACUGGUCAACCUGUUAGUUUUACAGACUUUUUUGGUCUUUUGGUUGGAGAAACAUUACUGAAAGGGAGACAAAAGAGUAAAUUAAGUGACCAACAAAUAAAAGUAAGAGAUGGAAAUAUACCUUUGCCUAUUUAUACCUGUGUUCAUGUCAAGAAUGAUGUAUCAGCUAAAUCAUUCCAAGAAUGGAUUGAGUUUACACCAUAUGAAAUUGGCAUCCCAAAAUAUGGAACGUACAUGAAGGUUGAACAUUUUGGUUCUAAGUUUUUUAUGGGUAAAAUAUGUCGUGAACACCCAGAACCACCAUUGCACUAUCUUCAAGGUAUUUGGGGAAGUGCCUUUUGCAUCCUGUUCAAAAGAUUACUGGAAGACAAAUCGAGAAAAGACCCAGUUGGAAUGAUGCGGCAAGAUAUACAAAUGGAAUUAGAAAAGCAGAAAUUGGAUACUUUCAAUGAUUCAUCAGAUGAUGAGGAAGAGAUUAAACAAGAAGAGACAUUAAAGAGAAGAAGUGUAGUGAUGCAACAUCAUAUGAGUUCCAGAAAAUCAAAUGAAGGCAUCCCCAAAAAUUCUGUUGAAACUGGAAUCAACGCCCUUAAUAACAUAGAUCCUAAUGACAUUUCAGUCAGAAGAGGAUCAAAUGGAGAAGAUGCUUCAAGUAAAGAUAGAUCUGAUAGCGAGGAAAAAGCUUCAACUUCUGAGGGAUUCUGGACACAAAUGUUAAGAGGAUUAAUUGAGAAUAAGAAUUGGGAAGUGUUGAGUACACGAGCAGGAAGAGCUGGUGUUGUGCAUAAUCCAAUGCGGGGUUUAUUCCUCAACAAAAGCUAUCCAUUGUCUCCAUUCACACCUUCUAACAUUGAUGAUGACUUGGCUGUAACCAAGAUCGAUUUUCCAAAGUCAUGCCAAGAAUUUCAGUCCUUGCGUAGCCUUACUGAUGAAUUUGAUGGCAAUUUUGAGAUGGCAAAUACAAAAGAGAAACGCUUAUACAUGGUAGAUGCUGGUCUCACUUUCAACUCUCCUUUUCCUUUGAUACUACGACCCCAGCGAGGUGUAAAACUCAUAUUAUCUUUUGACUUCAGCGCACGAGACUCUGAUGAUGCAGAACCAUUCAAAGAACUUUUGUUGGCUGAAAAGUGGGCUCGAAUAAACAACUUACCUUUCCCUCCUAUUGAUACUUCAGUCUUUGAAAAAGAAGGAAUGAAAGAAUUAUAUAUCUUCCGUCAUCCAGAUGACCCAUACUGCCCAGUGGUCAUGCAUUUUGUGUUGUGUAACUUAAAAUUCAGACAGUUUAAGGAACCAGGUGUUCCAAGAGAAACACAAGAGGAAAAAGAAUUUGCAGACUUCAACAUUUAUGAUGAUCCAGACACACCAUAUUCAACAUUUAACUUCAGCUAUAAUAAUCUGGCUUUUGAUCGACUGACAAAACUUACAGAAUUCAACACAUUGUUACACAUAGAUGACAUUAAGGAAUGUAUUGCUCAGCAAGUUGAACUGAACAGAUUCUUGCCAAAGAAAGUGCCAGUUCAGUUCAAGAAUGUCAAACGUCUUCCCAUCAAAUCUGUUGACAAUCAAAACAAACUGAAACAAUAUAUUCAACAAAUGAAGCGCUCCAACACUGCCCAUUCUGUUGAGCUGGAAAGAAAAUAUAGCAAACAAUCAGUAAAUAGAAAAAAACAAACACAGACAAGACAGCAUUUAACAAGAGGUCAACGUUCAAUGAAAUUGUCAUGUAAUUUACCAAUGAGAGAAAUUAAUAGAGUAUCAUGUAAAUCUGUAUAUUUUGACUCAAAAGAAAGUCUUAGUGAUACCAGUGAGAGUUCUGAUGAAGAAUACUCAUCUCCUUUAUAAUCAAAUCAUGGUGAAUAUGAAUUGGUUACACAGUGCAGUACAACAUUUCUCAGAUGUUUUUAACAAAGCAUUAUAUCAUUGUAACAUAUCAUUCUACAUAAAAUUUUGUUAGAGCAUUUUAUAA